GCCCUUUCGUCACCGAUUUGCAUCAUCAAUCCCUCCCCUCGUCCAUCGCGAUAAUAACACAGCCCACUCACGAAAACACCGGUCCCUUGGAGAGCAGUGAAUCAUCUUUCCUCCUCUUCAACCAUGGCAACAGUUGAAUUUCCUUGCUCAUUAGUAAUCAACGUCCCCUUCCCGGAUCACCGUCUUGCCUCCACUGCCCUUCGCUCUCUCAACGUUGACCAAGAGCCUUCUUCCUCUGUGCAACGAAUAUAUUCUUUGACAGACUCCGAAGGUAACCCUGCGUCUGAGAAUGACAGUGGGACCGUUCUUCGUACCGAAUACAAUGCGACCACCAACCGCAUGCUUCGAGUCGCCGUGAAUGGCUUCAUGGAAUCCCUCGCGGUGGUAUUACAAGUCAUGGAAGAACUAGAUGUGGAUGUAUCUGGAAUAAAAUCUUCAACUACCUGACAAUCAUGUGCCAGUCCCAAUAUAUUCGCAUCCUGGAAUGUACAUGAGAGCCCAAACCUCUUUUGAUAUUGAGCCCGACAAUCUUUCGCAACAAGAUACUUAUGGCAUUGGCAGACUGGAUCAAUCAUCUUUUGACAGCAGACCUAAAUCCGUGUCGAGGCUUGAAAAUGAAGCGCGAAUCGGGCACAUCAAUUCGAGACCUCCACCUUUUGUGGCUCGUGUCCCAGGUGCUGAUUUCCAAGGGAG